CUAACCUUCCUGCGUAGCGAUAAAAAUUUUCUCCAACCUCAGAUUCAAGGCCACAACAAGUCAUCAUGGGAAACGGAGCCAAAGCCGCUUCCAAGCGUGAGCGCAACGCGAAAGACAGCAAAGGCACCGCAAAAUCUCAAAAGAAAUCCAAUGAAGCUGCGAAGACUAUCUUGUGCACGAAAUGCAAGCAAUCGUUCCUUAGCACCAAUCGCAUCGGGGAUCUGCAAGCCCAUGCUGACUCCAAGCACGCAAACAUGGCUUUCCAGGAGCUUUUCCCUGACUAUGUACCUCCACAAAAAAAGUGAAGAUGUGAUUCAUUUCUAUGGAUCCCUAGGCAAACAUAUGCUUUCGAGCGCAUUUACCCCUGCCCUUCAGUUUAUCAUGUUUGGAAAACACGCUUUUGAUUGAGGUAAUUCCUUUUGCUAUGUUUCAGAGCGUAGGCAAUGAUCUAGCGUUUUAUGAAUUGGUGAAUUUCUGUAUACGGAGGCCUACACUUCCCGCAUAGCCGGUCUCAUUAGCUUUCGUCACCCACGGCGGAUCACUAGAUCGAGCGAUAUCAGGUUUAUGAUCUCUAGAGCUACUGCUUUAAGAGAUGUGGCCCUGGACAGCUAUCAUUCAAGUUGAAUAAUUUUCAUGUUCAUUGGGGUGGAACUUAUAGAUGUUUAUCUACCUAAAAGAAAAAAACCGUAUAUAUUUAUGAACUUUAUAUAAAAGGACCAUAUCC